GCCAUUUGUAAAAAAUCUUAUUACAUCUGCAAGUCGGACGAAAAUUAAGAACAUGCCUCCGAAAUCGAGAUCAAAUAAAAUACGAGAAAGGCAGAACGUGUUAAAAAAGGUGCGUCACCUGGAAUCACGGCGGAAAACCGCAAAGCGGUUCGAGAGCAUAUGCAAUCAAGAGCUAGAGCACAAGCCGAAAACAAAAUGUUUCUAAAAACUGUGCUCACUACUGCUCUUCAAGAAAAAAACAUCCAGAACCACAGCAGCUCCGGUCAUUUAUUUGUAUCUGUUGAUGCAAUCAAUACAUCACAGUCACUAAUGACUGAUGAUUCAUGUGACCCACUGAAUCUGUCGAUGUCAAAAACCGUCCGAAGUGUUACAUCAAAAGUUAACGUAACGCCAAGUCGCACAAUUUCGAAUCUCUCGAUACCAACAUCGUCGCCAAAAUCUACCCAGUCAUCUUCCAAAUCGGAUUCUCCUCUAAUUUCGAAAUCAAGAAAGCGAGGGAAGAUCAUCAAUUCUUCACCAGAUGUCGAACACCAGCCAUUGAAACAAAUACAUGUGGAACCUCUCCGAAAAAAAAAUGCUGAAACGAAUCCUAAAUCCCCUCUAGCAUCAACUUCAAAAGUACAGAAGUACCAUCGAAAAAAGACAAAUCCGACAUCACCGGUAAGAGAGCCAGAUUCCCAACUAUUCGCGAGUUACAAAAAACGAAAAAGGAUUGUAACCAGUAUCGCAUCACCUGAUCACGAAAACCUACCGUUGAAACAAGUGGAUUUCGGAACGCCUCUACGUACGGUUGCUCUAAGAGCUAGAGAGAAUAGAAAUCCUCAAUCACCCUUGCCAUCAUUCUCGAAAGGACAAAAGUACUAUCGGAAUUAUACAAUUGAAGAUUCCCUUGACCACUUAAAACCGAUCUCGUCGACAUCGGAAACGAAUUCUCCACUUCCCGCUAUAAUUUCCUCGCCACCGGUUGCAGGAACAACUGAUCGAAGCAACCGAAAGGACCCAGAAUCACCCGUACCGUCAACCUCGGGAUUACAAAGGAAUCCAAUCAACUAUUCACUCUCAGAUAUCUCAAAUUUGAUUUCACCAUUGAGUUCUGGACCUCAACGGUGUGAUACACUGCCCGUUCAACAGUUCCAAUCACCAAAUGUAUCAAUAUCCGCUCCGCCAAGCCCCACUUUAUCACAAAAUGCUGAAGAAAAUCUGAAAAAUGACAAUAAUCUGCAAAAAAAUAUUCUAAACAAUCUGAAAGUAUGAAACAAAUCAAGGAAAAAAAUAGAAGACUAACACUUGAGAAUGCAGAAUUAAAGGAUUUGUUGGUACAUACGCUUGCAGAGACUAAGAAAGCACGUGAAGGUGGAGAUGCGAAAUUGACAUUUACUGCUGAUCCAGACAUACCUGUUACUGUAGAAGACCUGGAGCGAAUUAGCGGAAUAUCUAAAAAUACAGGAUCAUUUGCUCAGAAUUUGGCAAUGCACCUAUACGGCGCUGAAGAGUUGAGGAAGCUGUCGGUCAAAGGGAAAAAAUGUAACCGUUUAAAAGAUGGACGACCAGCACGACCAGCAAUUUCUCCCAAAAAAAUGGAGUUCAUAUACGAUAAAUCUCGAGAAAGGGUGGCGAUGCAUGUAGGAGCCACCAAUGUAAAGCAAAUAACGCUAUUAGCAAAUCCAGCUCUCAUUAAUAGGGCUAUUUCCGAAAAAAUUGCGAACCUUAACAAAGCAGUAAAAUAUGCACAGAUUCGAGCCUCAUCGAGAAUAAAUUAAUUAUUAUUUUUUAGUUUUUCGUUUUAUGGUUCUAGUUAUACUAAAAUGUUAUGAUUGAUUCUCAGAAUAAACAUAGUCUGAAAUAAAUUCAG